AUGUCGCUGUCGGGGGAUCCAAUCUCCCGCAGAGAUAUCGCAACGUGCGUUACGCCCCUUGAGUGGCUGAACGACGAGAUCAUUAACGCCUACAUCGCCUUGAUUAUCGAUUAUCUUCGCGGCUCGACAGGCCACACCGGCCGUCAAGAUCAACCUCGCUACCAUGCCUUUAACUCGUUCUUCUACUCUAGUCUUCGGGAUAAGGGAUAUCAAGGUGUCCGGCGAUGGGCCAAUCGCGCCAAGAUUGGCGGCGAAAGGCUCUUAGAGGUGGAUACGGUCUUUGUUCCUGUCCAUCAAUCAAGCCAUUGGACCUUGCUGGUCGUUCGACCGGGAGAACGCACAGUCGAAUAUUUCGACUCAUUGGGUGCUCGCGGCGCGGCCCAGUUCAAAGUCAUCAAGGAGUGGCUGCGCGGCGAGCUGGGGGCCCGGUUCGACGAGGAAGAAUGGACUUUACUCCCAUCGAGAUCUUCGUCGCAGGACAACGGGAGUGACUGCGGCGCAUUCCUCCUCUCGAAUGCAAAGGCAAUCGCCAUCGGUAUCGACCCCCGCGCGUUUGGUGCGGCCGACAUCAACAUGCUCCGCAAGAAGAUUGUGGCCGAGCUCAUCAACGGAGGACUGCGGGAUGAGUUUGAUCCGGUGGAGGAGACGGGCAUUGCACUUCUUUGA